AUGGUCCCGAAACUCACGUAAACCUGAGCAUUUGGCAUUUAAAGAAAAUACUGCUUAGCACUAGAAAUAUUCUGCUGGCGAAAUAACAGGACAUCAUCCUCGGUGUUAAUAAAUGCAGAACGAUGAACGAUGGAAAUCAGAUGUGCUAACAUAGGUCAUAGCAGUGAUGUGGUAUCCGUUCAAAGUCUUGCUGUAAAAGUGGCUUUGAUUGUAGCGCCGUCCGUGUGGGUUUAACCGGAAAGUUUAGUAGCAGGUUAGCCCUAUGGGGGGAACGUGAAUUUGAAUUAGUUUGAAUGGUAAAUUCCUUACAGCCAAUUAAUUGAGUUUGCAGGCGCUUUUAUGUUCGCGAGCGCCAAUUGUAAUACGAGGUUGGGAUCGCGUUUGAAGAUUCCGCCGUCAGAGUUUACAGGUUGGAGUCGCUGGUUUUGUCUGCACCGUUGCUAAUGCCCCACAGCAAUCUCCAAAUGCAAGGUUGCAGCCGACGUUUCCUUGGAGCUCGCUCAGAUCUCGGCAAUAACGCCCAUAAGUCUAUUUCCAACGGGCGCUGGUAAAUCGUCGUGUUUGUGUGGGAAGGAAAUGCGAAUGCAUUUAAUACGGAUCUAUGAUCCACUAUGGAUCUAUUAUGAUGCACUAUGGAUCUCUGUAGCCUCCCUUUGAUCUGGUAUUUUGUUGGUUCACAUGCUUGAUCAAUGGUGUUUUUAUCAUUAAUGUUUUAUUAUUAUUAAUGUUUAGUUUUCCGAGUCAUUCGUAACUGUCACUGUCUGUCAUGUUGUUACUUGUGGGCGGAGCACCAAGGCAAAUUCCUUGUAUGUGAAUACUUGGCCAAUAGACGUACUUACUUACUUACUGUUGGCGUUAAUAGCUCAAGUGCCGAUAUUUGUUCCAAGGAGGGUCGCGGCAUUCAAUUCUAUCGUGCUGAAGGCACACGCUAAAAGCAGAUAGACAGGUAGACAGGUUUUCUCAUAGCAGAUAGAACUGGGCCAGGACCUGAAAAAUCAGCUAUUCCCUUUCUCCAGCGAUGAUCCUUGACCGCCGAGUCACUCCAGCUUUCUGUGAUUAUCUCCGAUUCAAACCAUCAGCUGCAGUUCCUUCCUACACAAGCUAAAAGCAGAUAUAGUUAACGGUUGCAAUUGGUUGAGAGUCUUGAGAAAUCGUGUGUUCCGAUUGUUAUGUCUUAUUUAACGGAUGCAUUUAUAUUAGUGGAACGUUUAUUGAAGGACAUGUGAAAUUCCAACUCCCCAUCCACCGUUUAGAUGUUGUACAUAAUUUCUGACCACCGAUCCCAGGUCUUUGACAUAUGUAAGUGAUAUCCAUUUCUCUCCCUUAUCGAAUUAUAUGCAGACAGGCCAAUUGUCCAAAAGCUUUGAAAUGUAGAACAGGUGUACUACAGACUUUCCGAUAAGACCAGUUGCAUGAAAGUAAUCCAAUAAAAUGGAAAAUACCAAAAUGCUGGAAAUCAAUAAUGGUUUCAGUGACGUGCGACUAAGAUAUCCAAAGUGAAGGAACAUUCGUGUUUACAACUUUUUUUUUUAACUGAUGCCCAAUUUCGAGUUACAUUGCCAGCAUUUUCCUCUUUUUUUAAACCACAUCCAAUAGUGGAUGUAAUUCAUCGUUUAGUUUACUUUAAAUAUCCCACUUUCAAAACAACGCGUUUUCCUUGCGACCGGCGGUUAUUCAAAUGCAUCAACAUCAACAAAAGCAAUAUUCUCGGAGUCAACCUAGGUCGGGCAAACCGACCUUCAGGAGAAAAGGGGAAGCGCGUCAGAGCCGUCAGUAUGUAAAACCGUUGGGAACAGAACUGAAUCGUUCAGAAGCGUGAGACUGGGACAUGCGAGCAUUAGCUCUGGCAGGUGAUUCAAUCGAAUAAGCAGCCACAACGCUGCCUCAUGGCUCUGCGCUGGGCUCCUCCACUGCUCCUCACCCUGGCUCUCCAUCAAGGUAUAACUAUACCUUUGAUUUAUCAGAAAAAUGGUACAUUGGUCAGGACGAAAGGUGAUCCCAUUGAUCUUGAAUGCAAGGACUGGUCUAAAGUGCAAUGGGUAACUCCACUGAGUGCGAAGAAGAACAUUGCUCGGAAUAGAGUCAACAUCAAGACAGCGGAGCCAAGACAUACCGGCCAAUACACAUGUGUUAAUCCCACGUCUUUUGAGAACCGCUCUCUGUACUUGUUUGUGGAAGACUCCAAGAAUUUGUUUCUGAAUCCAACAUCGUGGCAGAAGUUCGUUAGUGGAAAUGAAGGAGCUGAGGCACUUAUACCUUGUCGAGUAACAUCUCCUACCAUUAAAGACCUCAGGCUGGAGAAAAGUAGGGGGGCCACAAUGCCCCAAAACUUGUCCUAUACAGCUGACAUCUACACAGGGAUAAGCGUCAAAAAUCUGAAAAGGAGUUUUGAUGGAUAUUAUGUGUGCACUGCCAUAAAGGAUGGAACAAUGAAGAAAUCAAAAGAAUUUAAAUUGCAGAUAGUACCAGUACCCAAAAGUCCACCAGAAAUCACUUUGGAAGUCAACAAGAAGUUGCUGAAGGAAGGAGAAAAGUUUCAAAUGUCUUGCAUGAUAAAAAAUGUAAACCAUGCAGUCAAUAUGAAAUGGGACCAUCCGCAAAGUCCACUGCUGACCACCAGCCUUAGAAGACUUGUGGAGCUCACAUCCAUUGCUAGCCCACCUCUUGAGAGCAAAGUCUACCUGGGACCUACAAAAACACGGUCAUCCCAAAACCUUCCAAAACAUUAUCAAAGCACAGAGGGAUUGACGAUUGAUUCAGUGAACGUGAAUGACACUGGGAACUUCACCUGCUUUGCGUGGAAUGGGUUUGGCAAGUCAAGUGCUUCAGUAUUCCUGCAGGUUGUAGCUGAAGGAUAUGUAAAGUUUUCAACUCCAGAGAACAAUACUGUUCAUGUGGAUCUUGGGGAAAAUCUAGUGUUAAAAGUGGAGUUUGAUGCCUACCCUGCGCCUAAUCAACAGUACUGGAUUCACACGGAAGAGACAUUACUUAACACAUCUGAUCACUACAUGAAAUCUACUGAAAGUGGGAACAGAUACAUUGGUGAACUUCAUCUGGUCCGAGUAAAGGGAACAGAAGGUGGAAUUUACACAUUCUUUGCUUCGAAUUCUGAUUCCAACUCAUCGGUUUCAUUCGAUGUAUACAUAAAUAGCCGACCAGAGAUUAUUGUUCUUGAAGAAUACAGGCCAGCUAAAAUUCGAUGUGUAGCAGUCGGAUACCCAGAUCCAAAAAUAAAAUGGAUUCACUGUGCUGGACAACAGAAACGGUGCUCUGAGACAGCCACAGCACCAGCAGAAGAACACUGGACAAACAGGAUAAUUGGCCAGCCCAGCUUUGGUAGCGUUGAAGUAGAAAGCAUUCUUAACACCAAAGAACUGAAGAGCAACAUUACCGUCGAGUGUCUGGCAUACAACAGUGUGGGCAAGAAUCGCGCGAUUUAUCUGAUAAAAGGAGAAAUUAUGAAGACUCAUCAUCUCUUUACUCCACUCUUGUCCCUGUUUGCUGCAGCAGCAGGCAUACUGUGUGUGAUAUUAGUUAUUCUGUUUUACAAAUAUCAACAGAAACCCAGGUACCAGAUUCAGUGGAAGGUAGUUGACGGAAUCCAUGGGAAUAACUACACAUACAUCGACCCGACACAGUUACCGUAUGAUGAUAAGUGGGAAUUCCCCAGGGAUAAGCUGCGUUUUGGUAAGACCCUUGGUGCUGGAGCCUUUGGGAAGGUCGUGGAGGCUGCAGCUUAUGGAUUGAGCAAGGCUGACUCCACUCUAACAGUUGCUGUAAAGAUGCUUAAACCAAGUGCUCACUCCACAGAGAAGGAAGCUCUGAUGUCUGAACUGAAAGUAUUGAGCCAUCUGGGGCAGCACAUCAACAUUGUCAACCUGCUGGGAGCAUGCACUGUGGGAGGUCCAGUUCUGGUAAUCACUGAAUACUGCUGCUUUGGGGACCUUCUGAACUUUCUGAGGAGGAAGCGAGACUCAUUUAUUUGGCCAGAAACUAGAGAACAGGAUGUGGAGAAGACACAAUAUAAGAAUAUUCUGAAUCUGAGGGAUCCUGAGAACAAUAGCUCUGGAUCAUAUAUGGAAAUGAGAUCAAGUAAAACAGCAGUUCCUCAGACUACCCAGGACAAAAAAAGACUGCCAAGCAAGGAAUCCUUCAAUGAUAAGGAAAACAACAAUGAUGACACAGAAGACUACAACCUGGCCCUUGAGGUUGAAGAUCUUCUCAUCUUUUCCUACCAGGUGGCAAAAGGAAUGAGUUUCCUCUCCUCCAAAAAUUGCAUUCACAGAGACUUGGCGGCAAGAAAUAUUCUUCUGACGAAUGGACAGAUUGCAAAAAUAUGUGAUUUUGGGCUGGCAAGAGACAUUAGGAAUGAUUCCAACUACGUGGUGAAAGGCAAUGCUCGUCUUCCUGUGAAAUGGAUGGCCCCAGAGAGUAUUUUUGACUGUGUCUAUACAUUUGAGAGUGACGUCUGGUCCUAUGGUAUUUUGCUGUGGGAGAUUUUCUCAUUAGGGAGCAGCCCUUACCCUGGCAUUCCUGUGGACAACAAGUUCUACAAGAUGAUUAAGGAAGGUUAUAGAAUGCUCAGUCCUGAACUUGCAUCUGCUGAACUGUAUGAAGUCAUGAAAGCUUGCUGGGAUUCCGAUGCUUUAAGAAGACCUACAUUUGAACAAAUAGUGGAGAUGAUUGAAGAGCAGCUCUCAGACACCUCGAAACAUAGGUAUUCCAACCUGGAGUCAAAUUUCACCACGAGGCUUAAGUUCUCCAGCCAUUCCUCGCGUCUUAAUUCAGCUGGCAGCAGCAAUGCAUCCGACCAACCGCUACUCAUUAAUGAUGAUGUCUUCUUCGAAGAUGAAAACAAACAAAUGAGAAUUUAACCUUUAGCAAAGUGUCCAAAGUGCACAUGCCCUGCUGAGACUAAUAUACAGAAAAAAAUGACUGAGUGGAUAUUUUAUUAACAUUUUUUUAUAAUUCAUGUUGGAAUCCUAAAGCUACUUGGAAACUACUAUACUGUAGUCCUCCGUUGCCAAGUUAAAUGCAUCAGAAUGAUUGUUCACUGCAAGACUGCUUGAGGGCUGCUUUGCAGACAUGUCAUGCAGCCUGACAUUUUAGAUGCCGUUUGUCAUUUUGUUUUGAAUGAUAUGCAAUUACGUUUAUCACUUAUUUUGCUGCAAUGCUUACAUCAGAUCACUAUCAUGCUGAACUAGCUAAUUUAACCAGCAAAUUUAAAAAAAUCUGACUGAUAAUAUAAGAAAUGUGAAGGAACCAGCUUGCUCACUAAAGGAGAUCUGCACCAGCGAUGGAAUGGAAACCAAAUGUCCAUUCCAGCAUUUAUUCUCUGCAUGAGAUACAACUCUUUUUGCUGAGUUGAUUCCAAAUGCAAUUGUGUGUUGGGGAAAAAAUAGCAUGUGCCAAACUUCAAAUAUGACCUUUAAUUAAUAUAAGCUUUGUCAGCAAUUUUUGUUACAUAUGCAACCAUAUGUAAAUAGCAUUACCGUGAGUCCAACCUACUUUUAAUUCAUUGGAAAUGUGCUAUUUUACUGAGCUUUGUAGCUCCAGCACUGCUGUGAGUGAAUAUAAUGCCUACGCACUGCAACUAUUAAAAAGAAUUUCAAAUGCACUGAGCUAAUAGAAAACUUGAGUACGUUAGAUAAUCUCUUACCUUCUUAUGGUCUUGUCUAGAUUAAUAAGUUAACACAAAUGUUAUUCCACAACAUGAAAACCACAUAAUAAGCAUGUUUGUUGAUUUCCAUGAUAGGUUGUUUUUUUUUAGUUUAGUUUAGAGUUACAGCGCAGAAACAGGCCCUUUGGCCCACCGGGUCGGCGCCGACCUGCGAUCACUGCAUAUUAACACUAUCCUACACACACUAGGGACAAUUUUUACAUUUACCAAGCCAAUUGGCCUACAUAUAUCUGUACAUCUUUAGAGUGUGGGAGGAAACCAAAGAUCUCUGAGAAAACCCACGCAGGUCACGGGGAGAACGUACAAACUCCGUACUGAUAGUUUGGAUUGAACCCGGGUCUCCAGCUGUAAUUCGCUGUAAGGCAGCAAUUCUACCGCUGCGCCACUGUACAAAGAGCAGACAUUGCAUUUUAAAUGCACCUUCUGAAGCUAUUGUUACCACAUUGCCUGUCUUCCAUUGUUAUUAUUUAGUUAGCUUGAAUUCUAAUUAGCCAAACCUCGGUUUGGGUUCAGUUAUAAAUAAUUUGUGGACUUAAAAUUGUUUUUUACUAAGCUCUGUUACCUGUACAAAAACUGUAGCUAGAUUUCAAUAAGCUAAACUAAAUGGCUGUAAAAGCUGAAGAAGAAAUUAACCAACAUUCCUGCAUGUAAUGAAAAUCAGUGUUUGAAAAUAUUAAUGUCAUUUUAUCAUUUGUGUUUGUUUUAAAGCAUUAUUAAGUUCUAAAGAGUACAUUUUAUUUACCCACUUAGGUAAGUUGCACGUUGAGUUGUAAACAUUAAUCAUAUGAAAGGUCAUCGUAUUGAUACCUGCCAGACUUGAGUGUCAUAUUUCUAUAUUUGGAAGCACAUACCAGUUAAUCAACAACUUGAUGAAAAUGAGAAGUUAUCCAGUCGUAGAACAGAUAUAAUCAGUUCUUCCUUGGUAUUUAAUUAAGUGGACCUACCAUGAAUGUCCCAGGUACCAGUAGAAGUUUCUUGGACAAUACUUGGUAGAGAUUAGCAUCCUUAUUCCCCACAAAUUUGGAAUUUUCCUGCAUGUUCUCUUUAAUUCUGGAAGUACUUAGUUAUAGAAACAUAGAAAAUAGGUGCAGGAGUAGGCUAUUUGGCCCUUCGAGCCUGUACCGCCAUUCUAUAUGAUCAUGGCUGAUCAUCCAACUCAGUAUCCUGUACCUGCCUUCUCUCCAUACCCCCUGAUCCCUUUAGCCACAAGGGCCACAUCUAACUCCCUCUUAAAUAUAGCCAAUGAACUGGCCUCAACUACCUUCUAUGGCAGAGAAUUCCAGAGAUUCACCACUCUCUGUGUGAAAAAUGUUUUCCUCAUCUCGGGCCUAAAAGAUUUCCCACUUAUCCUUAAACUGUGACCCUUUGUUCUGGACUUCCCCAACAUCAGGAACAAUCUUCCUGCAUCUAGCCUGUCCAACCCCUUAAGAAUUUUGUAAGUUUCUAUAAGAUCCCCCCUCAAUCUUCUAAAUUCUAGCGAGUAACUUCUAGCCAGGAUAACUUCAAUGCCUGUGCUGUUUGUAGCCUUUUCUGACAUAACCACGCUGACAUUACUCAAACUGAUGUACAUUUAGGCAUUGCGUGCUGGAAAAUAUCCUGAAGAUCUUACUUGAAAUGCAAGAGAAUGCAUAAGUAAUGUCACAUAAACUAGCCCCAAAUAUCUAAUUUUAUGCACCACUCCUAUUUAAGAACCAGCAUAAUGUUUAAAAUGAAAACUAAAAUUGCAUGCUGGUUUCUUUUGGAAUAGUUUUUAAUGCCAUUGGCUUAUUGACAUCGUAACUGGUGGACUUAAAAGAUGGAAGACCACAUAACAAAAAUGUUUGGAAAGCUUUGUUUUUGCUGUGUAUGUAGAUUAUUGAGAGUUGCAAUUGUUGCAAAUAUACAAGUUGCCAGUGUAAAGAAGAUUGGUUGGCAAUUCGGGCAUACUGAUCCCUGAAAUGUCCCGGAAAUACUUUUGAACCAUGAAGCAAUCAUGUUAUUAGUCACCAGGCCUCAUUUCCACAGAGCCAGCCUAUACAAGCCAAUGGCUACCGGGUGAAGUUCAACCCAUGGUUGGUCAAUAUUUAUUUUUAUUGUCACGUGAUUGAAAUAUAGAAUUGGAUACUUUUUUUUAUUUUUCUUCAUUAUGCCUUAUUAGUUGUGUGGUGUUACACUGUUUACAUUUUUAGGACAGUCUUUGUUUCCAGGAUAUAGUAACAGUCUGUUUUGAAUUUGUAUCUCAGAUCUGCCCCAAAAGAAUUAUGUUAAUAAGACCUUGAUAUGUUGCAAGUUCAGGAAUUGUUUGAGAGGCAGUGAUUAUUAUUCUUCAUGCUUUCACUUGAAAAUAAACUAUUUUGCAGGUUCUUGCUGUUGUGAACUUCCUCAUUUGAAAGAUCAUUUUACAAUGCUCUGCAAUAGUAAAGGAUUCUGCUUUAAAAAAAGAUCCAUAUUAGUGUAUGCAGUGGUGAUUAGUUUAUUGCAGCUAGUUAGAAUAUGUCCGAGUUUCUGGGUUAGGAGCUAUGUUCGUUGAUUUAUUGCUGCAUAAAUUUUGCAUAAAGUAUGCACGUUGUAAAAGAUUUGCAAUUCAAUUUUUCUUUAUAUUCAUGAAUUUGCAUAAAAAUGUUAACUCUCAUUUUAAUGAUUUUUAAAUAAUAGGCAAAAUAUGUCAGGUGAUUGCAAUAAUAGGCUGCACGGUUCUAUUUUUCAUAUGAAUUCUCUCAGGAAAUUGGAACUGAAAAUAUGCCUGAGAUCAAUGAUGUUUAUGGCACAUUUUGAAUCCAGGUUUAGGCAUGCAUUGACAAAACACCAUAGAUACUGAUUUAGUAAGUUAGGCAGCAUUUGUGAAAAGAGAAAGAGUUAACAUUUCAGGUCCAGGACCCUUCACCACAAGUGGGAAUGAGAGAGAACAGGUUAGUUUUAAGUUGCAGAGAAUAUAAUAGAGGGAUGUACAGUGCAUUCAGAAAGUAUUCAGACCCCUUCACUUUUUUCACAUUUUGGCACAUUGCAGCACUAUUCUAAAAUUGAUUCAAUUCAUUUUUUUAAAUCAUCAAUCUACACACAAUACCCCAUAAUGGAAAAAGUGAAAACAGGUGUUUAGAAAUUUUUGCAAAGUAAUUAAAAAUAAAUAACUGAAAUAUCACAUUUACAUGUAUUCAGACCCUUUACUCAGUACUUUGUUGAGGCACCUUUGGCAGCGAUUACAGCCUCGAGUCUUCUUGUGUAUGACUCUAUAAGCUUGACACACCUGUAUUUGGGCACUUUCUCCCAUUUUCGUCUGAUCCUGACUAGUCUCCCAGUUCCUUCCGCUGAAAAACAUCCCUACAGCAUGAUGUUGCCAUCACCAUGCUUCGCCGUAGGUAUGGUAUUGGCCAGGUGAUGAGCGGUGCCUGGUUUCCUCCAGACGUGAUACUUGGCAUUCAGGCCAAAGAGUUCAAUCUUGGUUUCAUCAGACCAGAGAAUCUUGUUUGUCAUGCCUUUUGGAUAACUUCAAGCGGGCUGUCAUGUGCCUUUUACUGAGUGGUAGCUUCUGUCUGGCCACUCUACCAUAAAGAUCUGAUUAGUAGUGCGCUGCAGAUAUAGUUGUCCUUCUGGAAGGUUCUCCCAUCUCCACAAAGGAACUCUGGAGCUCUGUGAGAGUGACCAUCAAGUUCUUGGUCACCUUCCUGAACAAGGCCCUUUGCCCCCGAUUGCUCAGUUUGGCUGGGCGGCCAGCUGUAUGAAGAAGGUGGUUCCAAAGUUCUUCCAUUUAAGAAUGACAGAGGCCACUGUGCUCUUCGGGACCUGCAAUGCUGCAGAAAUUGUUUUAUACCCUUCCCCAGAUCUGUGUCUCGACACAAUCCUGUCUCGGAGGUCCACGGACAAUUCCUUCAUCUUCAUGACUUUGUUUUUGCUCUGACAAGCACUGUCAACUGUGGGACCUCAUAUGGACAGGUGUGUGCCUUUCCAAAUCGUGUCCAAUCAAUUUAAUUUACCACUGGUGGACUCCAAUCAAGUUGUAGAAACACCUCAAGGAUAACCAAUGGAAACAGGAUGAACCUAAGCUCAAUUUUGAGUGUCAUAGCAAUGGGUCUGAAUCCUUAUGUAAAUGUGAUAUUUCAGUUAUUUCUUUCCAAUUACUUCGCAAAAAUCUCUAAACACCUGUUUUCGCUUUUCAUUCUGCGGUAUUGUGUGUAGAUUGAUGAUACAAAAAAAUGAAUUUAUUCCAUUUUAACAUAAGUCUGUAAUGUAAUAUAAUGUGGAAAAAGUGAAGGGGUCUGAAUACUUUCUGAAUGCACUGUAGAGGUAAAAAGAAAACAAUAACGCUUUUCACUGAUCCUCGAUAAACCUGACAAUAAUAAUAAACUAAACUAAACAAAGUGAACAUCUAUGUUAGGGCGAGAUGAGAUUUCUGUGGGGAUAGGUUGUGGUGGUCAUCAGAUCAAUUGGGUAAUGAGGCCAGUUUGAUAGCGACAAUGAAAACAAAAGUAAGAAAUGAGAGCAACGAGAGAGUCCAAACACCAGAAGAGAAACAUGAAAAGUUGUUGGGAUGAGGCAAGGCUGAGGGCAUAUCCACUAGGUGUGUUAAUGGAAAGAGAAAAACUGAGCCAAUAUCAUUGUAAACAGGCUCCAUGGUGGCGCAGAGGUAGAGUUGCUGCCUUACAGCAUUACAGCGUCGGAGACUCGGGUUCGAUCCCGACUACGGGUGCUGUCUGAACUGAGUUUGUACGUUCUCCUCGUGACCGCGUAAGUUUUCUCCGAGAUCUUCGGUUUCUUCCCACGCUCCAAAGACGUAAACUAAACAGACGGGUUACUUAUAGACGAGAUGAUUCAGGCUGAGAAAGCAAGUUAGCGGAAGGUGGAGAUUUUGAUCUUGAGCCCAGGAAGCGACCAAUUGUCCAGGUAGAGGAUGAGAUGCUGUUUCUCACAGUGAAUCGUGGCACAUACAUCAUCCUGCCUGAUUCAUUUCUGCACUCCACUAAUUUCAUUGGGAGUGCAAAUCAAACCAUUGAUUGUAUAGAUCAUGACAGUUUUUACAAUUUCUAUCUUCUGUAAUCUGAUGACUGUGUUGAUAAACCUAUUGUGUGAUUGCUUAGGUGGUGGGAAUUUUUGCUUGAGCAAUUUUAUAAGAGCCAGAGUAACAGACUUCCAAUUAGCAGUGCUGGCUGAAAAUAGAUAGUCCAAAAUUAAUAUUGCCUUUAGGGUCCUAAUGUUAAAUUUCCAGUUGUUGACUGUUUUUCUGUUUUAUUACAUUUUGAUGAUGUAUGCAUAAAGUGCUGAGAAUUUUUGAUGCCUAUUGGAUCUGAAUGGUGUGCGUAAUUUAAUUUUGUUUAUUGUCACGUGUAACAAGGUACUGAAAAUAUUUUUUUGUUGCAUGCUAUCCACUCAGCAGGCAAUACAGACAGUUAACAAACACUGGAGUGAAGGAAGCUUGCAGGUAGAUAAUCCUUCCACUGCUAGUUUCAACACCCCAGUACAAGUAUAUGACCAACAAAGUACUGGGCCAGGCAUCACCCUGUUCUGGAGCCCAAGAGGCAAUAAGAGGAGUAAGAGAUAGAAGUAAACCUCACGAUAACCUGAAAGGACACAAAGUGCUGGAGUAACUCAACAGGUCAGGCAGCAUCUCUGGAGAACAUGGAUAAGUGACAUUUUAGAUCAAGACCUUUCAUCAAAUAAGAGUCUGAGGAAGGAUCCUGACCUGAAAUGUUGCCUAUCCAUGUUCUUCAGAGAUGCUGCCAGUUCUGUUGGGUUACUCCAGCACUUUGUGUCCAUUAGCCAGCAUCUGCAGUUCCUUGUUUUUAAGAAGGAACUACAGAUGCUGGAAAAUCGAAGGUACACAAAAAUGAUGGAGAAACUCAGCGGGUGCAGCAGCAUUUAUGGAGCGAAGGGAAUAGGCAACGUUUCGGGCCGAAACCCUUCUUCAGACUGAAGGAAAUAGGCAACGUUUCGGGCCGAAACCCUUCUUCAGACUGAAGGAAAGAGGCAACGCUU